GACGCUGCUGAUGCUGAUGCUGAUGCUGAGCUUGCGAUGCGAGAAUAAUUUCAAGGUUUGAAACGGACCGAGCGGGUUAUGAUGGACUUUAUCUUUAGGAUAAAACAAACAAACGCGAAAUACAGUCAAGUGUCAACAGUAGAAGAGAAUAUUGGCUCAAAUUGCAAAGUAAUUGUGCAGAAAUAGGUGAGCGCGAGAGCCUGGAUCCCACGAUCGUUGGAGGGCUGCAUGGGAAAGCUCCUGUCUUCCAUUUCUUAGAAAUCUUCCAUCCAACUGUCAGCUACCAACUGGGUGCAGCACUCUAGAGAUCCUCAAUAUGGAGAGAACUGCCACUGCCACUUCCACUUCCACUUCACUGCUCACAGUCUGCUUCGUUUUGGCUGUGUGUCACUGUUCCCUUGCAAUUCCUUUCUGCCCUGCCCAGUGUGUUUGUGAGACCCGCCCAUGGUACACGCCUCAGUCGGUAUACCAUCAAGCCAAGACAGUUGACUGCAACGAACUCCAUUUGAGCCGAAUUCCAUGGAAUAUAUCCAUUGAUACUCAGGUGCUACUUCUUCAAAGCAACAACAUCUCCAGUGUAACCUCCGAGCUCCAGAGCUUGGUCAACCUUACAGAACUGGAUCUCUCUCAGAACCACUUUACACAAAUCCAAGACGUUGGCUUGAGUAACCUAUCCCAACUGGUCACACUCUACCUUGAGGAAAACCAGAUUAAAGAGCUGCCUGAUUUGUGUCUAAAGGAUCUAGUCAACUUAGAGGAGCUUUACAUUAACCAUAAUCAGAUCUCUUCGAUUGGUCCCAAAGCAUUUUUAGGGUUGGCAAACCUUCUAAGGCUUCACCUCAACUCAAACAAGCUUGUGGCAAUAGACAGCCAUUGGUUUGAGUCCCUACCCAACUUGGAGAUCCUAAUGAUUGGGGAAAACUCUAUUCUUGGCCUUCAGGACAUGAACUUCCACCCGCUCUCAAAAUUGCACAGUUUGGUGCUGGCUGGAAUGGGGCUCAGGGAAAUCCCAGAGGGUGCUUUCCAGGGUUUAGAGUAUCUUGAGAGUCUCUCAUUCUUUGAUAACAAGCUCACGACUGUGCCAAAAAAGGCCCUGCGUGUUCUGCCCAGCAUUAAGUUUCUCGACCUAAACAAGAACCCCAUCAUCCAUAUCCAGGAAGGUGACUUUCAGGACUUUCCAUACUUAGAGGAACUCAGUCUGAACAACAUGGAGGAACUUGUGGCGGUGGAGAAGGGUGCCUUCUCCAACCUCCCGCAGAUGGCCAAAUUAGAGCUCUACAACAACCCUCACCUGUUCUUUAUAGACCGUGCUGCUUUCCUGAACAUGCGAGGCUUGCGUACCUUACUGGUCCAUAAUAGCGACCUCACAUUGUUUCCCCAUGAGAUUUUAUCCGCCUUUCCCAGUCUGGAUGAAAUCAGUCUUCAUAGCAACCCACUCAGGUGUGAUUGUCUUGCCAAUUGGGGCCAAGUCUUGGGCAAUCAGUCGAGCCUCAAGCUUUUGGAAUCCCAAAUUACUCUCUGUGCCUCCCCGCCACAUCUUGUUGGACAUUCCCUUCAAGAAGUGGUGUCUGCAAAUUUGAAUGGGGCAAGCAAUACCUGCCUGCCUUUAAUUUCUCAACAUGCCUUUCCUCCACAACUCAACGUCACCAUCGGCCAGCUUUUAACACUCAACUGUUGGGCUGUUGCGGAUCCUGCACCCCAGUUUUACUGGGUGACACCCACCGGCGACAAAGUCACUUCGGAAGCCGCUUCGCCAUCCUUGAAUGAGGGCGGAGGAACUGUGAAGAAGCACCGGAUGCAAGACCAAGGCGCUCUAGAGAUCUCACACAUAGAACUGGAGGACGCUGGUCUUUACACGUGUGUUGCUUGGAACGCCGAGGGGGCGGACACACGGAGUGUCUCCGUGUAUGUUGACAAGGGCAACUGGCAUGGCGAACGCCAAAGUGGAGGCCAUCACGUGAUGGUGAACACCACGGGAUCCUUGGUAGUCCUGGCCAAAGCCGUCCAUGCUCAGUCAGUGGUGCUAGAAUGGAAAGUGCAUCCAUCUGUGCAAUCUUCCAACCAUGAGGUGGCGCAACCGAAGUGGCUCAGUGCUACCGUCAAGAUCGACAAUCCACAGAUUAGCUACACGGCAAUGGUGCCAGUAGAUGUUCAAGAAUACAAUCUCACACACCUUCUACCUUCAACAGAGUACCAAGUUUGCCUAACUAUGGCCGCCACGGAGCAAACCCAACACUCUUGCAUCAAUGUGACCACAAAAGAGGCCAGCUUUGCCGUGGAGAUUGUUGCCCAGCAGACCAACGUAGCCCUGGCUGCAGUGAUGGGCUCGAUGUUUGCCAUCUGCAUCAUGGCUCUGCUGGUGUUCUACAUGGGAUGGCGUAUGAAGCAGAAAUCUUGCCACCACUCUCUAAAGAAAUACAUGCAGCACACCACCUCCAUUCCUUUGAAUGAGCUCUAUCCACCUCUCAUUAACCUCUGGGAAAAUGAAACAGAAAAAGAGAAAGAGGGAUCUGUUGACCCUCAAAACUCACAGAUAGACACCUCAAAAACAUACAUGUGGUAGUAGCUGUACAACAGAAUGCAGAUAGAAGAGACAUUUUAAACAGUGUAUGUACUGUGUUGUACAUAAAUGACAAGUAUGUAUUUAAUUAUUGAUUUGCCAUUGUGAAAGAUGUAUUUUUAGAUUGUACCCUUCAAUACCAAGCACACUUGGUUGCAGUUGUGUGGCACACUUCUGAGGCAAACAAAAAACACUAUGCUUUUCCACUGCUUUGUAUUUUCUGCAACCAGGUCUCAUAGAACCAUGUUACAAUAGUUACAUUUUUGCAAAACGUGCAAUUUUUUUACAUGGCUAAUUGUACAUAUCAAGGCAGUUUCUUGUUGAAAUGAACACUAGAGGCAUUACAAUGACGAAUUUAUUUCCUUCACACAAAUCAAAAGUUUUAUGGCAGAUUUUCAGUUUCUAAACUCUUUCCGCCGUGUUCUAAACACUUUUAAUAUAGUGCAUGACUUGUAAGGUGAUACAUUUUAACAUUUACAUUACAUAACCAAAUUACAAGCUUGUUCAAAUGUAUUCAAAUUGUGCAGUAGCUCAACAGAUGAAACAUUGUACUUGUGAAUGUGAAACAAAGUGAUACGGGAUACGAGUCCCGCUGAGCAUGCGAGUCGACACGUGAGUCGAAAGUGUCAUAGAAGCACCACAAAAUUGUUUGCUUACAUUUGCUUUUAUGACAUUAUUGGUUAGGUUUAAGUUUAAGGUUUUAGGUUAAGGAGGUUUAUUUUGUCAAUUUAAAACUUGUUAGAACAUUAACCUUUAUAACCCAUUCUAUUUGGGAGAACAUUUGCUCACUUUAGCGCCACACAGUGGACAUUUCAGCUCGAACCUGCUGCAUUUUGCAAAAAUGUAGCCACAGCCACAUAAUUGUCAUGAGAUCAGGUUCAUGUCCUGAGAAUAAUUCACCAUUUAGAAUGCAGAUGUGUUAUUUCAUAUAAUUUUAUUAACAGCGCUAAGCAAACUAAUACACUAACACAGACAAACUACAUGGCAAAUCACUUGACAUCAAAUUCACAGAUUCUGGAGUUUUUGCAUGAAAUUGUGCAUGAUAAUUUGGUGCUUACAGGUUGAGUUCUUGCAUAGUUUUCUCACUUCUAAAAAUACACAGGUGCGAGAAGGUAACAAUAACGUGCUCAUUGCUCUCAUUUUUCUCCAGCCCGUCACAUUUUAUUACCUGCAUUGUAAUGAGAAUAAAACCUAAACCAAACCUGCCAGGUGCUACGAAGUUGCUGUUACUUCAAACUAAUUUGCUGUCAUAUGUAAUUAAUGUCUGGUACACAACUGCACAGCUGUGCUUAUUUACACUUGCAUUCAAAAUACUUUUUAAAAUAACUAUUUAUAAAAGAUAUGGAUGUGUUUAUUAGUACUGACUAAAAAUGUAUUUCACAUUAAAGUAAAUCAUUAACCUAUAAAGUUAUGGUUCAAAUGUCUGACCUUUAUGAGCAGACAUUCGCCAAUGCAGCCGUUUUAUGUUCUGCACAUCAUCAGUGCAUUGGCAUUACCAUUAUUGACAAAUUGCUUCAGUUCACAGUUAAAUAUGUUGCUAAAUUCCAUAUUUAUUCAAUUCACUCUUAAAAUUGCAAUCGUAACUGCAUUGUGUGGGAUAGGAAAUGUAUCAAUGUUAUUUUUCUUAAAUUACUUAGUCCAGAUGAUCUGUUAAUGUUACAUUAAACCUGUCAGGUUUUUAUAUUGAUUAAUGCAAAUGUUAUGCAAGACGCAUGUUCAUAUCUUGUUGUUCUGUUAAAUAUUUAUCAACAAAUAUAACAUCCAUCCAGAUAUUGAUGAAAUAUGUACAAACCAAAUUAAACGUUGAUCUAUCAGAAAGUGUUCUUUCAAAGGUUUAAUUUUUAAUACGUUAUUUAUUAUUUAAACCAAAGAUGAGACACACAUUCAAUAUCUCUCAACACAGUUAUCAGUCAAUGUGAUGUCAUGCUAUUUUUUUUUUUUUUUUAGCACUGAAAGACAGUGUGGGAAAAUAUCUGUUUCAACAUCUAUUAAUUUUCUUUACUUAAAUGUAUAAUAAUUUAUAUUUGUAACCAAUUUACAUAGAAAUUUAUAACCAGUAACCAUUAAUUUAAUGGUUUAUAAUUCGAGGGGAUAAAAAUUCAAACACAAGUUCUUAUAGAAUACAUCUAGAAUUGACAUGUUAGCUCUUAUGUGAAAUGUUGAAGAUGCUCAUAUUCAUGUCAGAGGUUUUUAAAAUGUUCGUUCAUCACUAAGUGUAAAUCACAUUGUGUGUUAUUACUGGCAGAGGAGCAGAGAAAAUGUCACCUCAGAUUAAUCAUAAAAUGUAUCACUACCGCUCUGCCCUCUAGUGGUGGAGAGCACUAAUGACGUCUUACACGGUUUGCUGUAUCUCAGUGAAUAGCAGGGUAUUUUGUAAUAGAAGAAUAAUAUUGUUAUAUUUUAAUUAAGUUAACAAUAAUGGUUUUACACUGUUAAGACGUGUUGUGACGUCUGUGAUUAUUAGUUCAGGAGAAAUGACUGUCUGAAGAAAAAUUUGAGAGAAAUAAACACGAUCAC